AUGCUUAUGUAUGAAGAGGAAUUUGUGUCGAACUCACGAGGCAUGAAGUUGUUCACUUGUGUAUGGAAACCAGUUAAGCAAGAACCAAAGGCCUUGAUCUUCUUGUGCCAUGGCUAUGCUAUGGAGUCCAGCAUCACCAUGAACAGCACAGCGACGAGGCUGGCCAAGGCCGGUUUUGUGGUCUAUGGAAUGGACUAUGAAGGACACGGAAAAUCAGAGGGAUUAAGUGGUUACAUCAGUAACUUUGGUGAUCUUGUUGAUGAUGUCUCUAUUCAUUACUCUACAAUUUGUGAGAAAGAAGAGAAUAAAGAAAAUAUGAGGUUUCUACUUGGAGAAUCCAUGGGAGGAGCAGUUGUGUUGCUACUAGCUAGAAAGAAGCCUGGUUUUUGGGACGCAGAAGAGGUCAAGCCACAUCCAGUUGUUACCUCAAUUCUCACCAAGCUUACCUGGUUUAUUCCAACAUGGAAAAUAGUUCCAGGAAACGAUAUUAUUGAUAUUGCAAUUAAAGAGCCACACAUCAGAACUCAGGUUAGGGAGAACAAGUAUUGCUACAAAGGACGACCUCGCCUCAAUACCGCCUACGAACUCCUGAUGGUUAGCUUGGAUCUCGAGAAGAAUCUUCAACAGGUAUCGAUUCCCUUUAUCGUCCUUCAUGGAGAAGAUGAUAAAGUGACCGACAAAAGCAUAAGCAAAAUGCUAUACGAGUUGGCUUCAAGCUCGGACAAAACAUUCAAGUUGUAUCCUAACAUGUGGCAUGCUUUGUUGUAUGGAGAAACUCCUGAAAAUGUUGAAAUUGUCUUUGGUGAUAUCUUAAUCUGGUUGGAGAAUAGAGCUUUCGAUGCCAACGGAAGGUUAGAGAGUGAGCUAAAACAUAGGCAUGAUGGAUAUUUGAAGCCAAAAUAA